AUGUACAAGACCAACGCCCAUAUUGCUACAUACGACGACCCCGGUGAUGAUGAACAAGAUUCCUCCGAUGACGAUCCCUCCAUCGAGCCCUCUGUGUUGCCAUCGCCACCUGCUAAACGCGCUCGCGUAGAGACACAGACCCAACAGCCCACACAUACCGACGUUGAUGACGGCCAGACGCCACAACAACGCCAAGUCAAUGCUCAACGACAGCAAGCCCAUGCACAAGAACCAGCCGAGGUACAACAACGUGAGCCUAACCCAGACAACGGCAGAAGAGCCUUCUAG